UUUGGAACAAAUGGAUCCAGACUAGGGGAGACUUGACGGAUGCCAGGCUCUUCAUCGCAAGGCUAUGUGAGCCCAGCUCCAGGUUUCAUGGUGCUCACCAGAACCCCCCAAUUUCACCAACUGCAGCGAGCAGGCGCAACAGGACUGUGCAUCUGGCCCCGAAGCACUAGGAACGGCCUCGGUAGAGAAUGAACCUCUUAAUCUCAGAGCCGUGGCAUCGAGCCCCACGCUGGGCAAAAGAUUCCUGCACUGCAAGGGGUUGGACUGGAUGACCCUCGGAGGUCCCUUCCGACUCUACAAUUCUGUGAAACUCUCGCACUAGGGAGCCAGCCGGCCUUGUCAUUCCUUGCCUCCUCCGUCAGCCAAGGAGGAAAUGUCUGGAAGUGGGAAGUCUUCCUGAAGGCUCGGGCUUGCUGCUCGGAAGCCGUUGAUCAGAGGUCACCAGCAGCUUCACAACAGGAAGCCGUGCGGCGCUGGCUCCGAGGUGCCGGCAGCUACGCAGAAAGCCCGUCGGAGUCCCCUUGGCCUGCCCUCGUGGCUGUGGCACCGCUCAAGACACCGUCCAUGGAAGCCAGGCGGGAGCUGGGAGGCAGCCGCUGUUCCCUGGCAGGAAGAUGCUGUGACAAGGCGGCUGCCAGCUGGGCAUGGAGCUGAACCGGCUCCUCCUUCUCCUCACUGUAUUCUUGCUCGGUUUGGACCUGUUUGAGAUGAGUCCCACCAGGCUGGUUUGUGACAGGAGGCUAAUCCAGAAGUACAUCACCGAAGCCAUGGACUUGGAGGACAAAGUGAGCCAGUGUGAGGAACUCCCCUUCCUCCAGCAGCCUGUGCAGCUGCCCCUGGUCGGGUUCAGCCUCCGAGAGUGGAUGGCAAAGACAAACCAAGACAAAGGGCAAGAAACCCUCCGUGAUCUGGCUAACUUGGUGGAUGGCACAGCAGCCGCCCAAGACCAGCUGAGCCGGGGCUGCGCCUUGCCACUGCUCCAGCAGCUUUAUGAGAAAGCCAGCUCCUUCCUCCUGCAGCUCCGAAACUUUGGGUGGCAGGAACAGAAUCCCACCGCACAGCCCGAGAGCAGCUCCCAGUUAAUUCCUGAAAGAAACCUUAGGACAAUCUUUGGGACCUACAAACAGCUUGUGCGGGGAAAGCUGCACUUCCUCUUCCAUGACUUGUGGAAAGACUCCUGCAGUGCGGAAGAUCAACAGAGGGCUGCCAGCCCUGCAACCUCCCAGUCUGACCACCUCCAGGGGCCACUGAAAGACCCCCCAUGGGCUGCUGGCCGGAUCCUUCAAGGGAGAGAAGAACAGGACGAGUAGUAGGCCCUCUGGUGGCCAGGUGUGGAAGAGCAAGCCUGGCCAACCCCUCAAAGCACAGGGGUCAGGGAAAGAAGUGUUUCCAGAGCUGAGCGAGCCCAGCUAGGUUACUGGAAAGGCCUGGCUGCCAGCCACAAUGGCGACACCCUACUGUCGGAGGCAGCACACCUGUCUUUCAGCUGCAGGGCAUCGCCAGGGGGAGAGAGUGUGGCUGCACUCAGGUGCUGCUUGCAAGCUUCCCAGAGGCACCGGACUGGGAAGUGUCAUGAUUUUCCAGGGAAAAGUCCUGAAAAGACAGAAGCUGUCCUGGUUUCUGAUUUGAUCCCGGAAUGUCCCACUUUCCCUUUGGACAUCCCUAUCUUCAUCAGAGAAACGGUGGAGGAGAUAGAAGAGGAUUUCCUAUUUUCGCUGGAGGAGAGAGAACACCCCUUUUUUCGUUGGAGAAGCAUUGGGAGGAUGUGCUGUAAUGGAUGGAUACUGGACCUGCAGUCUCAGGCAGCAGCCAAGCUCCUCACAUGAUCUUAUAUUCUUGGAGCCAUUCAUCGCCUUGCUUGGGAAAGGGGCUGAGAUUUUAGGAGCUCUCCCACCCUGCCGUGUACUCUGUGCAAAGCCAGUGGGGCAAAUGGGCAUUGAUCAGCAUCUUGAGAGAAAGGAUAGCUCUUUCCUCUCUAAGAGACCAUGAUGGAUGCUUGGACUCUUCCUCAGUAUCAGGGCUUCCAGCUGCAGGGGGCACACUGAACCAAAAACACUUAGAAUUCCUCUCCAGGCUUUCCCCCAUCUGGGUGGAGUGUGCCAGGGACAUUGGAGGCAGGUCUGGCGCCAAGCCUCCGCCUUAUUCCCACAUGGCUUUGAACAGGGUCCACCAGAGAAAUUGGACCACUAUGGGUGCCCCCACCUCCUGCAAUUCCACAUACAGAAGCUGACACAGGUCUCUUACUUUGAUCCUGGAGAGGAGAUCCUGUCCUGUCCUGGUUAACAGCCUAGUUUAAUGGAUGUGAGGCCAGCUGUGAGUCCCUGAUAACAUGACACUGCUGUUGCUUCCAGUGACCUCACUCUGCCCAUCGGUAGGGCCAGCCCCAGUUUGGAGUAACACCUGAAUACAACCAGAGUAUUUGGUUAAAGUGGGGGCAGCCUCUGGCACAUUGUAAAGCUGUCACAUAACUUCUGUUCUCCUUCUGACGCCAACAGCCAGAGGACACGGUGUGGGCAGCUGUGGAACAAGAACGGCUGGCUUCGGUCAGCAGGAGACGCCCGAGCAAAAGGGGAACAACUCUUGCAUCUGCCUAUGGUCAUGUGACAUCCUCCCACCCACCCACGAGUGGCAGCAGGAGACUGAUGCUCCCACCCAGAGGGA